GCUCUGUGUCUUACUCCGUGGCCGAGCGUGAUUCAUAAUCCCGUCAUUGUCGACCGAACAUACACCGGCACCAGAAUAUUAUUGACAGACGGGAAUCGUCGUGUGUAAGGAUUGCACGAAACGCUGUGUGCCGAGGAGAUCCGAGUGUCAACGCGACUCAAUUCCAUCCUCCGUACUACAGUAACUGCGCUGGUACAAUUGCUAGCCGAGUUGUCUUGCCUCACUACAUACACACAGCCACUGAGGAGGUUUUUUUUCUCUCUACACACUGCAGCUUCUAUAGGAACUGUUACAGUGGAAACGGAUAAAUUUGUGAGCACUCUUAAUGGUUUGUGUGGUAAUUACAUGCUUUAGCUAUUUCUGAGUAGUAACAUCUUUGAAACAGAACUGACGCAGUGUUGGUACAUAUGAUGGUGUUUACUACGGAUACCACCAGACCGCGGACGUAAUAGCAUCUACACGUACAAUAACACUGUGUAUAGGAAGGAGGACGAAAUCUCCAUCAGUUCGGCUUUUCACAAUGGUGAACUGUUUAUAUUUCUUUAUCCGUGGACAAAUCAGUUGUAGAAACUUCAGCGUUAAUUUGUGUCGGUUCUAUGGUAGCGCCCGGGGGUGGGGGCGGAUAGCCCACUAUUAACACGGGUUUUUCUCGUGGUCCGCACGAGACGGUCACUUGCUUUGUCGCGUGAAGUUCGACAAAUCCUUUUCACGAACAAUGUGCUUUGGAAAGAAGAGAUACCCGGAGUUUUGUCGGUAAAAUACACUAUUCCUUAGUCAUAGCUCUAUUUUGAAUAUUGUGUUUAGGUCCGUGGUCGUGGUGUGAAUUCAACCCUGACGAGUCUUUUGUACGAAACUGUGAUUGAGAUCAGCCUUAAAUACCAGGUACAAAGUAUACGGCCUGUCAGAGUCUCCGGCUCAGUUCACGGAUGUACUAGGGACUUCAGUUAAACCACAGCAAAAAAUAUUGUGUAUGGUUAUUUCAAGACGUAAUAGUGGAUUAAUGAAAUUUUCGUCACUCAAGAGGGAUUUAUAUAAGUAUUAAAUUAACUCUGCAGUAUGGAUAUAAGUGAAUGGAUUAUACUGACAAGUUCGCUGAUCACAGUUGUGACAGCAUCCUCCUGUGUGUUUCCGGUGGAGUGGCGUGGACGAUGGUACCAGGACACAUAUGGGGAACUAGAAAUUACGGAUCGGCAAAUAUCACGAAAAGGAUCAUGUUCGAAAAAAGACGGAGAUAAAUACCUCAUUGCUGACAGGUCCAGCACGUGCUACCGGUGUAUGGUCAUCAGCGCAUGGGCAGAGAACAUCUUACAGUAUAAGGAAAGUUUAUGCUUCGCGGGCAAUUCCAUCGAAUCUGUCUGUGAGAAAAUCAAUGGGGACGCUACACUACAUACAAUAGUCCGCGUGCCCAGUGUACCAGUACCAUGUCCUUUUCAAGGUUACCACGAAUUCUCCUACUCUAACAGUACGACGACCAACAACCACUGCAAAUGGCCAAUCUCACAAAUACACGCAUGCGCUGACGAUUCAAAAUUUAAAUUUAUCUACAAACAUUGUAAUGGCAUGUCGGAGACAUAUGAUCGAGAGUUGGACUUUCAGUGUUUAGCUACUUGGGUUAAUGGAGACAAGUACUUAUAUGGAAAGUUUACACAUCCCUAUCAACCAGAUAUACCACAAUAUCGUUGCUUUAUGCACAGUUUUUAUGGCGGUACUGGAGAUAUGUCUAUGACAGUUGAUGGUACAUGCCAGGGUCUACAGAGCCCCAGUGUUGGCUUCACAACAAUGAAACUCCAAAGAGAUUUCGACGGAACAAUAUGGCCUUCACCGCAAUGCCGUUUUCCUGAAUUUUUCCAUCGCCGGAAACAUUGGAGGGAUAUGUCUGGUCGCUUUGUCAUAGAGGUUGACGAAGGACUCCAGAUAUUCCGAGUGAAAGACAAGACUGUGACGUCACCGGAUAUGGUCGUUUACAGCGAGGGCAGUUACCGGUCUGAUAUGAAGAUGGUCGUGCGGUGUAUAGAUAAUGUAGACAGCUCUCAUCGUCACGAAAGAGAAUUUAUGGCCCACGUGACCGACGACUCUUGCGUUUCCGGAUAUCGGUGUCUGCGAUUGGUCAAGCGCGAGCGUAAAGUACUGGAAUUAUAUAUCAGUACUCAACUCGGAAGCCGACACGAAGCAUGUAGCGAUUCCAGUUUUGAACAUGGCGAGAAACACGUGUUGAUACCCGCUGGUCUUGAACCCUCACAUUGUCCAACCGAUGGCGACUUCAGCUUCAUUGAUAAAACUACAGACUGUACGGGUAAAUUUAAAAUAGGAUGCUCAUCGAAAAGCGAAAUCAUGGUUGAGAAGAAAUGCCCUUUCAAUCGUCAGUCAGUGGAGUUCAUGGACUGUCUGCUUGAUUUUAAGAAAGAGGGAACGCAUUUUGUCAUAGUGCAGAGACCAAACGAUAUUCACAAACGUGCAACCUGCUUGGCAUUUCGUGACACUGAAGGAGGAAUAGACGUGAAGGAGGACUCGGAGUGUGGGGAUCAGAGGAGCGUUGUCAGGAACAGUGCCAUUCACUAUGUACUCUUCAAACCGUCCAACGAAUGUCCACGUGAAGUCACUUACACUCCAACACCGACCGAAGUUCCCAGACCGAAUAUAGGGGGAGGCGAUUCUGGCCAGCCCGACCACCGUGUUGAGACAAUGGGCGAUCAAGGCCAAAAUAAGGAACAUAGUGGGAAAAUUAUAUCUGGUGAUACAGAGAAAAGACCACUUGACCGUUCCGAUGGUGUUAUCAAUGCAGACAAUGGUGGGGUCAGUCCACGAACUAGUGAUUCGCUCAUUCUUUUUGUGAUCACUUUAACAUUAGCGUUUUUCCACCAGAGGUGAUAGAGGUGCUCCUCUGUGAGAGCGAGUGAAAAAUAAGUGAGUGAGAGAGAAAAAGAGAAAGAAAAGAUGUGAAAAAGUGAGAACAAAAAUUGUGACACGUUGCCGAUAAGUGCUCAACAAAUCGGAUGGCAAAGGUAAUGUCUUCAGACAUUUAAUGGCGAUUGAGGAGAUUUUGAACGAACGGCUAACAGGGUAAUGUUAUGCUUGGCAAACACAAACAGUAUGUGUGGUCAGGAAGAUUGCUACUCUAUUCUCUUGCCAGUGAUCACGUGACACGAUGAUUACUUUCAUCACAGAAGGUGCGUUUCAAGGUCAUACUAUUUUUGUGAGUAUCACGUGUCCGGCUCCUGGAACAGCUUUCGGAUGUGACGGAACACAGUAAAGGAAUUCACACGGAAAUGCUCUACCACAGAAGUUCCUCAAAUGUCAACCUGUCAUGGUCUGAGGUAUGUCUUAGCUGUGGUGACUGCGAGUGCAUAGUGGUUUCCAUGGAGACGUCUCACGUGUGAUCCAUGAUCAGAAAACAAUAUAUUCGCAGUGUGGAAAUUACUGAUAUUGUGUGAUUUAUAUGUAUGUGUUUGUUUUCUGAAGUCUGCCUUAAUAUCAGUGAACGACAGUCAGAAAAAGCAGACAGAAACGGACUGUCAUAUUUUUAUUAUCCAUACACACUGGAAUUAAGAAACGAUGACUUUCGAUUUGAAGUACAUGGUCUUAUCAAAGUCGAAAUCAGCUCAUGAGUAAACAAAACGUAUACAAAAACAUAUGUGAGACUCUGUAAGCAACAACGCCGUUGACUUCUAAGGGAUGAACUCGAAGACAUUCCGAGUUUCUAAGUAUGGAAACUAUUUUAACGCCACCUUUUAAAGGGAGGUUAUCUUGCCUACAACUUGUAGCCGCAAUAUUGUGAUAUAAUACUACUACAUGAUUAUUAUGAUGUUAGUCCCUGUAAACUCGACUUAGCUUGUUAAAUAUAUUGUAUUUUAUGUGUGGUGCUACAUGUGUUUGUUUGUGAGAUCUCAGAUCGUCGUUAAGGCUUUAAUUUCUCAGAAAUAAUUAAGUUCGGACGAAACAACAUCUUUAUUUUUUUCAUCAACAGCGGUGUCUUUUGUUAGUCAUGAUAAGAUUUAGAAUUUUUUUUUUUAUUAAAUUUGUGAUCCAAAAUUUCAGUUUUUAAGCAAGUCACCAAACUAGUAAUAAAUCAUUCAGAUAUUAAUGUUUUAAAAACAUUGUUCGACCAUAAUUAUAUUUAUGAGGAAUUUUAACCGUCAGAAGUAUUUAAUCUUUUGUAAAAGCAAUUAAUUGUACAACACACUAAUUCAUAUGUUAUUAUUUAUUUUCAUUCAAAUCAAGUUUUGAUUUUAAUUUGACUACGGUUUUUGUGUGUAUAUCUUUUCAAAUACUAUUAUUAUAUAUAUAAGCGACAUAAGAUAUUAAUUUUAUGAAACAUCAACGUAAAUAUUUUCCAGCGCAUUUAUAUGGGAAAAUAUUAAGGCAUUUUAUACCUAAUCCACAGUAUUUGUUAUCAAAACCAACGUUUCUAAAAAUGUAUUAUUAGAUCAAAUAUUUCGACAACUAUCUGAGAAACAAAAUUUUAAUUAAAGGCAUCAUUAAGUUGGGUUUGUUAAUGUUUUUUGACCAAUUAACUAAACAGUUUUGGUAGAUAUAUAUGCUCGAAUUUGAUUUGAUAUGCUUAUCACCAUUUUCAAUGAAAUAUGAGUACAUAAACAUCCAGUUCGUUAAAAAUCUAUUUGUUGUCAUAAUUCAUAUAAAGAAUGAAAUUCGGAAUUAUCGAAUUUGUAUCUAUCAAAACGAGCAAAAAUGUCCAUUUAAAAAUUCGCUUAUUGACGCAAUCUUUACGCAUACCGUAUUUUGUUAAUUUGUUUUUGUUUUUGUGCCAAAGUUGCAAUGUAGAAUGUAGAAGCAUACUUUUUUGUUUUAUGUUGCUGUGCGUUCGAUUCACAAUAGAAGUAUUCGACUUCUAAUUCGAACUCACCUCGCUGAUCGAGUGUUAUUAGUUGUCCUAUAUUUACUAGGAUUUACCUCGAAGAAUUCCUACAAGUUUGAGGCUUUUAAUGUUUGCGUACAUGCAAAUGGUAUUGAUACUCUCCAAAUUGAGAUUGAUUUUUGCUUAUGAUGACUCAUCUUCGUUCUAUCUUUUGAAAACAUAACACACCCCUACUUCAUUUCCAAAUAAUUCAGGGCCACGAAGCCUUAGUGCUAAGAUAAUGUACCUCGUAUGACCUAUUGUUUUCCUGUAUCAGAUAAUUCAGAUAUUGCAAUUGCAUAUUAUUUCAUAAAGGAAAGAAAAAUAAUCAUGUUAUCUUGUAAUAUUUUCAUAUAUAUUUCGACAACACAACUUAAGUAUGCCAAAUCGUUUCAAAGAUAAUUCUGUUCUUGAAACGAAAAAAAACUGAUCGAAAUCAUCAUUUUUUUCAGAAAUCUGGCAAUUUUGUAGGGCUUUCUUAAAAGGAAGAACUGAAAUGUUUCGUUGAAAGUGUGUGGAUAGAUUUAAGUGAGAGCGGGUAUUUCACUUCCAUAUCCAUGAUACCUUGCCUUCAGGCCAGGUAUUAAGGCAACAUCAGGUUGGAUCUGUGAAUAACAUUUCUUUCAUUUUCAUAACGCCUGCAUCAGACGCUUUGAAGACAGCGUGUGAUAUAAAUACUUUAUUCAGUCCUACGCAUGUACGUAACGAAUUGACAUAUAUGUACAUACUCAUUCUAUAAAUAGAUAUAUAUAUAUACCUGUGAAACUGGUGGAUGAAAUUUCGCGUGUAUCUGAUACCUGUUUGAAUGACGUGUGCUAUAAAUAGAACGGACGCAAUGUCAUCGAUGUUUACAAGUUAUGAGUAGACAUCCGGUGGAAUUCUAAAAAGAGUUCUUGUGGAGUUAUAACUCUUCACUUUCAUGUUAAAGGAUGUUUGUUGUUUUAUUUCAAUAUGUAAAUCUUUAAUUUAAUAUGUUUCCCUGGAAAAAAGGACGAAACUGAUCAGGAAGUAUACCUGAAAAGAGCUCUGUCAGUCAAAUAUAGUUUAUUUUGUCAAUGAGAGACGUAAUCUAGCUUUAAAUAAUGCCGGUGAUGAACCAACCCGUAAUGUUGUUGAUUUGUUUGCUAUUGGUCCAUUGUUCCUAAUGUAGGAUUUAUAAACAAAUUAACUUACAUCACUCAAAAUUUGUUAUGUUAUUACAUGAAUGCCUGCUAUCCUCACAGUUAAUAUAAUUUAAUACACAAUAUUACAGUAAUAUAACGUUAAUGCAAUACAAAAUAACCACCUAAAUAAAAAAGCACCAACAGGAAAAUUAAUGGAAACGAGGUUGACCUGUAAGAGGUCAACCGGUGUAUAUAAAAUUAACUACUGGUAAAAAAGUACCAGGUAGAUUACAUUAUUAAUUAUUGGGGAGUAUUGAUUAUCACUUUUAUUUAUUUAUUUUCUGUGUUUACUUAUGAACUUUUCUUUUAUAUUCAGUUUAGAAUAUUUAUUUUGGUUUACAGUUGCAUUAACAAAUAGUUUUCUGCUUAACACUAAUGACCAUUCUUGUCUAGACUGUGAGGAAAGUUGAAAUUAUUGGUGGAGAUUUGGAUCCUUUGAUAAGGAGAAUGAUUUCUAACGUCGAAGUGAAUCGGGGUACAUUUGUAUGGCCUAUUUUCAUUGGGAAGAUGAAUUUGAUUAUUUUAUUUUACUUGUAACGAAAGAUCAGAUCGUCUAGAAGCCAUUCUCAUUCAUAAAUAUCCGCCAUUGUGGCGUUAGGUUGAUUCUUUUAUCAAAUAUAUAUGAAAUACAAUUUUGUUUAUUCCUAUUAUGAAUAUGAUAUGAUAAGAGUUUUCAAUACCAUACACAAUUCGUAAACCAGAGAGUGUGUGAGUGAGAGAGAAUGGAGAGAAAGAGAGAACAAGUGCGACAUACAGAGAGAGAGAGAGAGAGAGAGAGAGAGAGAGGGAGGGAUAUAUGUUUUUAAGGAAGAUGCAAGAAACGAAUGAGAUUGAAAAAUUAAGAGAUUAAUACAGAAUUGAUUUAAACACGUUAUACUGUGUAAUAUGUAUGUAAUACAGUUGUGAGUAUGGCCGAAUGGUGUAUAUCAUUAUAUAACAACCAGAUAACGCUGGGUAUUUUAGGGAGUAUAACUAUCUCCUGGAGGAGAUCAAGCCCAUGGUUUGUACAUAAGAUUAAUUAUAUGUAUUAUAAAAAGAUAACUGUUUAAGUUGUCUGCCGAAAUUGAUGUGAAAAUAAAAAACGAAUGAUUUUUACAACA